GGGUAGCCGUGAUACCGUCUGGUAAAAACUUUCAGGGUGUUCUGUCCAUCCCGACGUCGACCUCAACUAUAUCGAUAACGCUGUCCUUGUCACUUACCUCGCUACUUCAACAUCAUUGCCCAACCUGGCUGUAUUCAUCACUCAGCUUCGCUCUUGCUCUGAAACAGACUACGCUUUAUUCCACCAACCACCAUGAGGAGCUGCUUGAAGCUGACACCGCCCGUGACCCCUAUGGUCAGUGCGGCGGGCACACCUAACGAAUCGAGGAGCGGGUCGCCUGGACCAGAUACUAGACCAUCGAUACGCAAAGCGGUAUCUUUCUGCUCGGAAGACGAGGGUCUGGAAGAGGUGUUCGAGGCGGACGACUGGGAUCGAUCUCCUAUCCCAAUGACCCCGCGUUUAUCCUACCAAGACAUUCUCGAGCUCAAGCAAUUGCAGCUAAAUCUCCCUAGGGCACCUCCCAGUCCAAACUAUCGUCAACCAUUCACAACCUCAGCACCGCGAUCUACAUAUACAUCCUCGAGUCCAUCGACAUCUAUUCAACCUUUCCCCAUUUCACGAUUUGCAACUGCACGUUCUCUGACACCUUCAAAGUGGAAGAACCGUGACGAUUCGCGAAUGAACGUAGAUCCUGAAAUCCUACCUUACCUAGAGGCAGUGCCUAUACAGUUGCUUCCUCUACUGGACUCGCCGGCUUCACCGGAGUCAGAGACACCACAUAACGAAUGCGCUUCAUCUUCAUCUCAAGCUACACCAUCAUACCCUACACCUAUAGCACAAAGUCCACCUCAAUGCUCUAGUCCACCUGCCAUUCUUCCCCCGAUAUCUAUCCAAUCACCUUCCCCAAAGUCGCCAGACAUUUCUUCACCGUCUGUAGACUCCCCCGCGACCACGCCAACAUCCUCACCUAGACGCACGGCUAAUUUCACAUUCGUCCCCCUCUUGCCCGUACAAGAGCAAUCAAUACCUGCUCCGCAGCCAGCUGUGCAGAAGCCCCCGGAACCGAAGAGAAGGUUCAAUAUGACUUUCGUUCCCCUCAUGCCCCUCCCACAACCUUUGUCACCUUCCGCGUCCACCUCAUCUUUGGUGCCUCCGGAAGAACCUGAGAAGCAGCCCGAUAUGGGCGAAGCUGCAAAUGAAGCGACUCCUGAGUCGUAUCCUGACACUCAGCUUGAAGGUCAAGUGGAACCAGACAUUUCAUAUUCGAGCUCUUUUUUUCGCGCUCCCUCUCCAACAUCGACUCCAGCUCUCUCGUCCGCUAGUGAUACGGAUACUGAGAGCGAGGCGCCAAGUACGAGCGACCCACCGUCCCCUUCUGAACCCGGGAUUACCGAUAUGGCCUCCUCGUCGUACUUUCACUCCACUUUACCGUCCGAAGAGAAUUCAGAUCACGAGCCGGUAAACCCAUACUUUCCCAUAGUUGAAUCGGAAAGUCCAAGGCGCUCAUGCCUGCCCACGAAUCCAAAUAUUGGAGCCUUGCGUACGACGGCGCGACCAGGACAAACGCCACCGCUCUCGAUGACUCAGUCUUCGUGUGACAGUGGUAGUGUACCAACUCCGUCGGUAACAAAUCCCCCAGAUGUCACGUUAUCUACUUUGGUGAAUAAAGUGACCCUUCAGGCGAUUCCGAGUCCCUGUUUAGCCCCUCCAUCCCCAUUCUCACUUUACCCACCAUCGGAUACUAUGAGCGUGAUUGAAGAGCAGCGGUUCACUCGUACGACUAUGUCGAAUGGGCAAUAUGGGCAGAGUCGGACUGUGAUGUCGAAGAGAGCGUUCACGGCGUGUCGGACUAGGUCGGCUUUGUCUUUGUCUUCGAUACCUAUCCCACCAUCGUUGGACUUGAGUUUGGAGGUUGAGUUGGAGCCAAGUUUUAGCAGAAGGAAGGGCGUUGAUGAUGGGGUUUUGAGUUGAUGUUUGUGAGGCGGGUGACUUAUACAUUCCAUGUUAUUGUUCGUCUCUUUCAUACAUUUUAUUCUUACAUCACAUGGUUUAUUCAUUUACGCGUAUUCUCCUACAUUUUUUCCUCUUUAUAUCAUAACUGACCAUGGCCUCCUUCAGUUCCCUUGCAUGUCUUUCGCAUCUGUAGAUGUCUUCCCAUCAUCGUAGACAGCAGCACAUUUAUCUCACGAUCAUAACGUUGGACCUAUAGUACACAUUACAAUACAAUAGGAUGCAUUCCUCUUGCUCUAUCUCUUGCUUUAAAUGCUUGGCAUGGUGUUGCUCGUUCGUUGUGCUUUUGUUUAGCGUUUCGCUAAUAGCUAACAUCUUAGCAUGAGUACAUUAUAUAUAUGCGUACUUGUUCUUGUAUCAUUACUAUGACCAGUGGUGGUGUCGAGCUAGCCUCUCUUCAGGCGUACCGGUC